AUGUAAGACGAUAGAGUUUUAGAGCGUAGUCCAUAAGAUACAUUAAGAAUUCCACCAAAAUUAUCAAUGAUGGAAAAGAAAUGUAGUGGUCGUUUUACGUUUGUGAAGACUUAAGCUGAGGAAUAGAAAGAAGUAAUUCAAAAUAAUAUGAAUCGAAUAAAAUAACAAUUUAGAUGUAAAUGAAUAGGAAUUAAAUAUAGGUUAACUCAAUCACAUAAUAAAUAAACCUAUUCAACCACUUUAAAUGAGAGAAGAAUAACUAUUUGAAUUGGGUAGGAAAUUAGAUAUUGAAAUAACAUCAAGUGAUGUUGAAAACAUUGUACCAAAUACAAAAGAGUUUUUUGAAGAGUAUGAGAUGCAUGAAAGAUUAGGUGAAGGUUGUUUAGGAUUAGUUAAAAGAGUAGUAUAAAAAAAAACUGGUUAAGAAUUUGCUGUAAAAAUUGUGGCUACCUAAGAUGAUGAGAUUAUAAGAAAUGUAAAUGAUAUUUGAAAAUUAUUAGAUGAUUAAUGAGUUUAAGAGAUUAAUAAAAUUAUCACAUGGGAAUAUAGUUAAAGCAUACAAAAUGUAUUUAGAUUUUGAUAAUGGAUUCUAAUCUGAAAGUCAGGCUUAUGUGAUAAUGGAACUCAUUAAAGGAAAGGAAAUGUUUGAAGUAAUAAAUGAAGCAGGACAUUAUAGUGAACAUGAUGCAAAAGAAUUAUUCAAAUAAUUACUUAGUGCAAUUGAAUAUAUGCAUAGAAAUGGUAUAUGUCAUAGAGAUUUAAAACCUAAUAAUAUACUUUGUCUCUAAGGUAAUAUAAUAGUUUAUACUUCAAAAUAGAUAAAAAAUUAAUCAAAGUCACUGAUUUUAAUGUAAGUAAAUUCAGUGAUUCCUAUAAAGAAUUUGGAAAUCUUUAGGAUACUGAAAAAAUUGAAAUGUGGACUUAUACAGGAACUGUGGCAUUUUCAGCUCCAGAAAUAUUUACUGGUGAAGGAUACAAGUAAAAGAAUUCUCAAUUAUUAUUAUAGUCAAAUGGUUGAUAUGUGGAGUGCAGGAUGUAUUUUAUAUUCAAUGUUGUCUGGUUAAUUACCAUUCAAUGCAGAUUAGUACAUAUAUUCAUUAAAUAUAAUUAGUUUGAAUGAUCUAAUUGAAUCUAUCAAAUUAGCUAAAUAUGAGUUCCCUGAUGAAAUCUUUUAAGAAGUCUCAAGUGAAGCUAAAGAUCUAAUCCAAUAAAUGCUUCAAAAAGAUCCAGCUUAGAGACCCCAUCCUGAUGAGGCUCUCAAUCAUCCUUGGUUUGCAGAAAGCAUUAUUAUGAGAAAAACUUUAAGACAUCUAACUAUAAAUUAAAACAUAUCUCAUCUUUCUUCUAGGAAUUCUAAUAAACUUAGGCAAAGAACCAUUCUUUUAUAGAAAGAACAUUAUGGUGGUUCUAGUGAUGGAGAUGAUGGAUAUACUAUCUAGGAUAUAAAAUUAAAGGGUCCUGCUCGAAAAAGUCUAUUUAAUACUGCUAUUGCCCCAUUACAAUUAUAAUAAGAUAAUAAAUACUUGAAAGUGUAGAAUGGAAUACUUCGCAAAUCAAAUACAACUCAUAUACAUGAUUUUACAUAAAAUGAAGAAUAGUGA